AUGAAGAAGACUAAACACCAACAGCCUCUCCUGCUGUGCUUUUUGCUGCCCGUUUUCCUCUUCUUCCAAUCCAUAUCGGCUGUUGAUUUCGUUUUCAAUGGCUUCAACUCCUCCAAUAUGUUACUCUAUGGCCUGGCCACCGUUGAAUCUCGUGUUCUAACGCUCACUAACAACACAAAUUACUCAAUCGGUCAUGCUCUUUACCCAGAAAAGAUCCAGGCAAGAAAUCCAAAUUCUUCUUACGUGUAUCCUUUCUCAACUUCUUUCAUCUUCUCGAUGAUUCCUUACAAGAAUAUUCCUCCUGGGAAUGGCAUAGUUUUCAUUUUUGUGCCCGUUACUGAAAUCGAAGGCGCGACGUCAGCUCAAUAUCAAGGCCUUUUCAACUUCACCAGCAACGGGAAUGCCAAUGACCAUGUCUUUGGUGUCGAGUUUGAUGUGUUUAGGAACGAAGAAUUCGAUGACAUAAGCGCCAACCAUGUUGGAAUCGACGUGAACUCCCUCACAUCAAAUGCCUCACACGAUGCCGGGUACUGGCCCGACGACCAAAGAAGCGACAACAGCAGCAAGGCUGAUGAUGAGAAGUCAUUCAAGGAAUUGAAGCUUAAUAGUGGUGAAAAUUACCAAGUUUGGAUUGACUAUUCAGAUUCUUUGAUUAAUGUUACUAUGGCUCCGGCAGGCAUGAAAAGGCCUCGGAAGCCUUUGUUGAAUGUUUCUCUUAAUCUUUCUGAGGUUUUUGAGGAUAAAAUGUAUGUUGGCUUUACUAGUGCUACCGGAAAGUUCAUGCAAAGUCACAAGAUUUUGGCUUGGAGCUUUAGUAAUUCAAACUUUUUGUUAAGCGAAAAUUUGGUUACCACCGGUCUGCCAUCGUUUAUUCUUCCAAAGGGUUCAAUAUUUCGAUCGAAAGGGUUUAUUGCAGGAUUCACAGUGGGAGGUUUCUUCGUUAGAGAGGAAAUGGAAGAAUGGGAAUUGGAGUAUUGGCCACACAGAAUGUCUUAUCAAGAAAUUGAUGCGGCCACAAGAGAAUUCUCAGAAGAAAAUGCGAUUGGAAGUGGAGGGAAUGGGACGGUUUAUAAAGGUGUUUUAGCAGGAGGGGCAGAGAUUGCAGUGAAAUGCAUUUCACAUGAAAAUGAUGGGAUGAGAGAAUUUUUGGCUGAAAUUUCAAGCCUUGGGAGAUUGAAGCAUAGAAGUUUGGUGGGGUUGAGAGGGUGGUGCAAGAGAGACAUGGGGAACUUCUUUUUGGUUUAUGACUAUAUGGAAAAUGGGAGUUUGGACAAGUGGGUGUUUGAAUGUGAUGACAGGAAGAUGUUGAGCUGUGAAGACAGAAUAAGGAUUUUGAAAGAUGUGGCUUCAGCAGUCUUGUACUUACAUGAGGGGUGGGAAGCAAAAGUCCUACAUAGGGACAUUAAAGCCAGCAAUGUGUUACUUGACAAGGACAUGAACGGAAGGCUAGGGGAUUUCGGAUUAGCCCGAAUGCACGACCAUGGUCAAGUGCCUAACACAACUAGGGUGGUCGGGACCGUCGGAUAUUUGGCACCAGAAGUGGUUAGUAGUGGGCGGGCAUCGGCUGAAACUGAUGUGUUCGGAUUUGGUGUCUUGAUUUUAGAAGUCAUGUGUGGAAGGAGGCCUAUAGAGGUAGGGAAGCCACCUUUGGCAGAUUGGGCAUGGCUAUUGAUGGUACAAGGGCAAUUAAUGAAUGCCAUUGAUGAGAGAUUGAAGGGAAGAGGCGAGUUUGAUGAGGAAGAAAUAGACAGGGUGCUUCACUUGGGCUUGUUGUGUGCUUACCCUGACCCAAGUUCCCGCCCAACAAUGAGACAAGUAGUGAGAGUGUUGGAGGGGAACAAAGAGGUGGAGGUUGAGGUUGAAAGUGAGGAUAUGGAUGCAUACUUGCUCCAAAGAAUGAAAUCCAUGGGUAGGUGGUCUGAGAUUCCACAAAAUUUUGGGUCUUCAUCACACCCAACAUUUGAAGAUAUUUGGCAGUUCAAGUCUUCAUCCAUGACUUUCUCUUGGUCCAAUUCUAUGGCGGAGGGCAGAUGAAUCUGUCAUCUCAGAAGCAACGGAAGAUUUCCUCAAAACGCUUGGGGAUUGGCUUCCAAACGUUGGCAAAUAUUCAUUUGGUAAGUUACGCCUUGCUUUAUGACUCUGACCAAGAAGACGGCAUGGAUCUAGACAUGAACAUGGUGUCCAUUUGAACAAAAUAUUGAGGGAAUAGUUUUGAUUAGCUUAUACCAAAACUCAAAACCUUUCCAUUCGAUUAU